CGUACGAUUGCUCAACGUGUUUCUACUUUACUUUUUCUUUUAACUUAUGGUAGCGUCAUCGAUGCUUUAACGGACUCGUAAAAGAAAGAUAAACAUCUUCAUUUACAUUUAUCGAGUUACAGAAUACAUUAGUUUUUCAAUGAACUUGCGUUUAAAAUAAAAUUAUUUCGUUAGCAUAUUAUAUAUACUACGAAUCAUUUCUAACAAAAUAUCGCGAACGAACAUUACAGUGCUUUUAUUAUUGACAACGAUAAUAAUAUUAUUAAAAAAUCAAAUAAGAAUAGAUACAAAAAAUGAAUCUCCUCGUUUUUGGUUUAAAAUCGUCAAAGUGGAUGAGUACAACAAGUGUGCGUCGAUUUUCCAAAAUUGGAUUUAUCGGUUUAGGAAAUAUGGGUAAUCAUAUGGCAAGAAACAUUUUAAAAAAGGAUUAUCAAUUAACGGUGUUUGAUGUUGAUAAAUCAGCAAUUUCUAACUUGAUUGAAGCUGGUGCAAAAACUGCAUCGACCGGCGCGGAAACGGCAAAGGAUGUUGACGUGCUCAUUUCUAUGUUACCUUCGAGUCAACACGUUUUAAAUUGCUAUACCGGUGCUAAUGGUGUAUUGAGUUCAGUGAAAAAAGGUGCACUCCUGAUAGACAGCAGUACAAUAGACCCGUUCGUGUCGCAGGAAAUUUCGGAAGAGGUUGAAAAACGAGAAGCCAAAUUUAUCGAUGCUCCUGUUUCCGGAGGUAUAAAUGCAGCGAGAGAUGGUACAUUGACUUUUAUGGUUGGUGGCUCUAUAGAAAAUUUUGACUCCGCCAAAUCUAUUUUGGAAGUUAUGGGCUCGAGAAUAGUUCAUUGCGGUGAUGUUGGAAUGGGACAGGCAGCAAAAUUGUGUAAUAAUAUGUUAUUGGCUAUUAAUAUGAUUGGUACGGCCGAAAUUUUCAACCUUGGUCAAAGAUUGGGUUUGAAAGAUAGUGUAUUGAACAACAUAGUGAAUUCCAGUUCAGGAAGAUGUUGGUCUUCGGAAUUGUACAAUCCUGUUCCUGGUAUACUUCCUGAUGUUCCUAGUUCCAGAAAUUAUGAAGGUGGUUUUAGUACAUCUCUUAUGGCAAAGGAUUUAAGUUUGGCUCAAUCUGCUGCCACUAGGACAAAUACAUUAAUUCCUUUGGGUUCUUUAGCUCAUCAAAUUUAUAGAAUACUCAAUACUCAUGGCUUAUCAAAAAAAGAUUUUAGUAUCGUGUACCAAUUUAUAAAAGGAAACAAGAUUUAAAACAAAAAUGGCGGCUUAACGAGAACAGUAAUUAUGUCGACUAACGUAGUAGAAUGCUAAUGCCAUCUACAAAUCAAACGCUUUCAAAUAACAAAAUACAGAGAAAGAAAAGUGAAGAAUAAAUUAAAUCUUUAAUAACUGGAUGAUAUAUAAAGUCAAUACAAAAGUUCAUAAAUAUUUUAUGUGAAAAGUAAUACGUAACGAUUUCUACAUUACCGAUUGAUACAUACAAUGAGACGUUUUCAUUCGAUUAAGGAAAAAAAAAGAUGACGACAGCAGCGACAUCCGGGUUGUUAAGGAACCAAGUUACUAUCAUCGGAGGAUCGUUGAGUUGACCAACGUGGUACCUCCACCAUUUCUGUCACUUGUCGAGAGUUUUUGCUCGCGGCAGGAGCCUACAGAGACUACGUUGAGAGUUCCGAAGAAAGAAAGAAAGAAAUAAAGAAAGAGUGGGAGGAAGAGUUAGAAAGA